GGGGAAACGACUACGCAGCUCCCUUUUGACAAAAAACUUCAACGGACUGUGACUCAAUCCACAAAUAUUGGCAGGAACAUCGUCAAUUGACAAUCUAUCUCUUUCCAGGAACACAGAAAAACCCUAUUUAAGGCAUCAAGUGGAUCAGUCUCUUUUUUUCCUUUUCAUUAUUAUUUGUUUCCCACGCUCUUCCCUGAUACCAAAGCACUUUCAAAUACACAUACCAAAGAAAAAUAAACCCCUCCCACCUAGAAACCAUGUCUCCUUCUGAUCAAAACGCCGUUGCUACUCACUUCCGCGCUCUUCACAAGCCUGGAAACCCCUUGAUCCUCGGCAAUGUCUAUGAUGCUGCCACUGCAUCCAUCAUAGUUUCUGUCCCUUCAGCUAAGGCUGUUGCCACUGCCAGUUUUGCUAUUGCUGCAGCAGAGGGCGUUAAUGACGAAGAUCUGACGCAUGGAUAUGACGAUGUCAAAGCCACGAUCAAGGAGGCCAUCGCACUAGGCGUUGUAGGAUGCAAUUUGGAGGAUGUUGACAAUAAGACCCAUACGUUGAGGACUUCGGAGGAUGCAGUCCAUCGAAUCAAGUUGGCGCUUGAGGCCGCUAAAGAGGCUGGUGUACCUGAAUUUGCUGUCAAUGCCAGGACAGAUGUCUUGGGCUAUGGUGGUUCAGUUGAAGAUGCGAUUGAGAGAGGGAAAGCUUUUUUGGCUGCUGGGGCCAACACAGUCUUCGUAUGGGGUGGGCCUCGUGGUCGUGGCGUCUCACGAGAGGAAGUCAAGGAGCUUGCCACCGCAUUGGAUGGGCGAUUGAAUGUCCUUCUACGUUUCGGUGAGGGCUACUUGACGGUCCAAGAGCUGAGGGAGAUUGGCGUUGCUCGUAUUAGUGUGGGACCAGGUCUUUUCAGAAUUGCCACGAAUGCGUACAGGGAAGCAGCCGAGUCACUCCUUGGAGCCUAA